UCCAUCUCUUGGACUUCGGCAAGAUACAGUUGACCAAAAACGUUAGGUUAAUAAUUCCAUGCAUCAUAACCAAGAUAUCCCGAGAAGAAGAGGAGAAUGUAACAUCAUUAGCCGGCCCCAUCAUACAUGUACUAGGAUAUAUCCUUCAAUUGGCGUCGUUGUUGACUACUCGAUAUUUUAGCAUCAUGAACACUAUCGCUCUCGCCGGAGUUCGUUGCGACAAUGCGAUACUUUUUUAUACUAUUCUUAUUAAGUGCCUUCGGCCGCCUCAAAACACUAGCAAAUGGAUUUGGUGCCGAAGGAGAGGAGUUGUUGGGGAAGGUUGAUGGUCGUUCAAUCGCUGCGGACAAGGAAUCUUUCAUAGAUGCGUUGGUCUCAAACAUGACGAUCGAGGACCUUGUUCUACAAUUACACCUCAUGUUCGGAGGGGAUAUCGUAGGGGUCAAGUCGAAAAAUGAACUCUAUGAUUACACGAUGCGCUUCAGUCCAGACUCGCCUAUAGGCGUAAUGCAUGAUUGGUACCCGCUCAAUACCUCUCACUACAACUCCCUCCAAGCAUUGAAUUUAGAGAAGUCGCGAUUGAAAGUUCCACUCAUGCAUGUAGGAGAAUGCCUUCAUGGUGUGGGGUCGUUCAAGCAAUCUAUGUUCCCACAGAGCCUGGGUCUGUCCGCCAGCUUCGAUACCGACCUCGUAUAUCGCGUCGGCCGCGCAAUUGGAACCGAAGCGAGGUCGAUAGGAAUUCAUGCUUGCUUAUCCCCAGUUCUUGAUAUUGGCCAAGAUCCAAGAUGGGGACGUAUGCAAGAGGCGUGGGGUGAAGACAAGGUGUUGACUUCUCAUAUGGGGGUUGCCUACUCUAGCGGACUAUCUAAAAACGGUUCCUGGUCUGAACCAGACGCCGCAGCGCCGGUGGUGAAGCAUUUUGCCGCUCAUGGAUCCCCGCAGUCUGGCCAUAAUACAGCGCCUUUCAUGGGCCAUGGCAAUCGACAAGUAUUGCAGGACCUCCUAAUGCCCUUUAAGGCUGCGAUCGAACUCGGCGGGGUGAAGGGAGUCUUGAUGGCGUAUAAUGAACUUGAUGAUAUACCGGCUCAUGUCCACCCAAUGUUGUACCAAGCGCUCGAGGAUUGGGGGUUUGAUGGCUUCACAAUUGCUGAUGAUACUGGUAUGGUUGAGCUUCAAUCAGUACAUCGGGUCGCAAGUUCCCCAGCGGACGCAAUACGGCAAUGGUUCAAUGCUGGAGGAAUGAUCCAAUUCUACGAUUACCCGCUUGAAGUCUACCUCAAUGCAACAAGAGACCUAGUUAAUAAUGGUUCCGUAGAGUUGACCACGCUUCAAUCUCACGUACGGAGGAUAUUGGGUGUUAAGUGGGAUCUAGGUCUCUUCGAUGACCCUUUCAUACCAGCGGAAAUCGACCCUCGAAAAAUGGUAUAUGACCACCGGAACUUAGCCCUCAAAGCUGCGCAAAAAAGUAUCGUACUUCUAGAAAACAAGAAUUCCACUUUGCCAUUAAAGCCACGAGAUCGAAAUAUUACGAAGAUCGCUCUCAUCGGCCCCUUUUCCGAUGUGCUCAAUUAUGGCGACUAUUCCGGCCAAUGGGGUCAGUAUCCCGCGGACGCAGCGCAAACUAUUCGCGAAGGAAUGCUUAAAUAUGCAAGUGAGGGCGAAUUCGAAUUGGUCUCUAGCUGGGGUGCGGAUACCUGGGAAUACAAUGCGCAAUACGUGAUCCCGCCGUAUCUCUUGUCGUCAAACGGCACAAUAGGAGGUCUUUCCGCAACGUACUUCGCCGAUACGAAUUUCAGUCAACCAGUAACACAUAGAAUAGAGACGCCAGCUCUCGACUGGGGUUUAUAUCCUCCAGAUGGCCUGACCUCUAAUAAUUUUAGCGCUAUUUGGGAGGGCGAGCUGAAAUCUCCGGUCGAUGCCGAUGUGAAUGGUUGGAUUGGGGCAGCAGUAGGACCUAACACAACAGUUAAACUCUUCAUCAAUGGUAAUCUGGUCACAUCAUAUGGUGUAGAUGGACUCCUCAAAACGAGCAAUAUUAUGGGAAAUAUCAUGGGGUACGAUUUCACCACCACCAAUGCAACCUUACCUCCUGAUGGAUCCGCCCCGUUCACGUUCAGAAAAGGGGCGACUUACCAUAUCCGCAUUGAGUAUCAGACAUACAACCUCUAUAAGAAAGUAGAGAAUGUAAAUUCUCUCAAUUCGCAACUUAUAUUAUUUUGGAACCUCGUCGACCGAAACGGAAAUGCCGUCGACCAAGCCGUCCAACUUGCGAGCUCUUCGGAUGUGGUAGUUCUAGCUGUUGGGGCAGCUUGGAAUAGCGACGGAGAAAAUGGCGAUCGCGGUACUCUCGGCCUCGCCCCAAGCCAGGACCUACUUGCUAGGGAGAUAUAUAAAUUGGGAAAGCCGGUUGUGCUGGUCCUUCAGGGUGGACGGCCUUUCGCAAUCGACUAUUAUAACCAGAGUGCCGCUGUGCUAAGUGCGUUCUUCCCUGGCCAAUCUGGCGGACAGGCUAUUGCGGAUGUGCUCUUCGGCACUGUCAAUCCCGGUGGCCGUAUGCCCGUUACUGUUCCGAAGCAUGUUGGUCAGCUUCCAGUGUAUUACAAUUAUAAGCCAACAGCCCACUUGGUAAAUUACCUAGAUACCGAGUCAUCACCAGCAUACUGGUUUGGGUAUGGGCUUUCAUAUACGACGUUUGAAGUGCUAAGAUUCGGAGGUUCGGCGAGCGGUGCCGAGUCCACGGAUUUCAAAACGGGAGAUACGAUUACGUUUACAGUCAUUAUUAAAAACAAUGGCACUGUAGCUGGGAGUUAUGUGGCGCAAAUAUACGUCCUCGGACGUGUCUCAUCCGUUGUGCAGCCAGUUAAACAACUUGUUGCCUUCGAACGUGUCGACAUACCAGCCGGGCAGGAAAGCACAAUUUUGCUCAAGUUGGAUGUGAAUAGGUAUCUGACUAUUCUCAAUAGGAAUAAUGAGUGGGAGUUAGAAAAAGGACCAUAUACUUUCGCCCUCUUAAACCACGGCGGAGAUAUCAAUACAUCAACGAAUGUUACUUUGAAUUGUGUUUAAGGAAGUGGUAGGUGCAUGCGCUGUGAAUGGCAGGGGCGGGGGACUUAGGAGAACUCAUAGUCAACAACAAACAAUUUCAUCGCAAACAUGGACGUGACUGGUUUAAUUCGAACUUAGGAA